AUGACUACUCCAGACAACCCACUGAUCCCCCCAUGCAUGCCCACCGAGAUCGCAUACGCCUCAAUUUCGCAGUCGCUCGAGCCAGCCCUACAGGGAUGCUCAUCGCCCGGCAGGCCCACCAGACUGAGGCGAGUACACCAGUCAUCAACGGAUGAAGAGCCUUUGAACAGUCCAGACGGCCUUAUAGAAGAAGAUCUCAGAGCAGGAGGCCCUCACCUCUGCGAGUCCCCCUGCCACACUUUCAACUUGGUCCCCCGAGAUCACCCCCACUACGCAUUCAUUGUAGGAGAUCGAGGGAAACGACUCGUUUCGGAGCUCACUCCUAUUUGCCAGAAUGCUGGAAUCAACCUCUUGGAAACUCGGCUCUGUGGUCGUCGAUGCGCGUUCGAAACCAACGCACAACCCGCUCUGACCUUCCUUGUACUGGACCUACGACCGGACGUGUCUGAGAGAGGAUGGAUCCCUCUUGCGAGAAGCUUGCGCCAUUGCCUCCAGAGCAAAGGCCUCGGUGACAUAAAAGUUGAAAUUACGAACACUGACUUCUUUCAGCGGGCGCACAUCUUCCCAUGUAAGCCCUAUGACAACAUCUUCCACGUCUGGGAGGACGUGGCCACGGAGAUCAUGGGGGCGAUCGAUCUGGCCGGGGUUUGCACCAUUGGGUGCUUCCGGGUCGGCGUGAGCUCCCGUCGCAAGGAGUGUCCGCCCACCGUGCUAUUCGGGGUCGACCGCGAUACUCGGAGGGACUGGAAGGUAGUCCGCGAGGCAGCCGUGCGGGUGUUGGAUGAGCGUGGAUUGACCGAUGUGGCUGUUCUGAUCCGCAAGGACGCCGGUUUUAGAACAGUUGAUGACGAAAAUUCAUGGGAGGCACUGGCAGAUACUAUCAAGCGCUGUACGAAGCAUGCGAGCGUGGGGUCUAGCGUUAAACUUCAUGGUACUGUGGACGAUGGACGCGGCACGCUCGGCGGGUGGCUUGAGUUGAAGCAUCGUGAGGGUGGGGAUUGGGUCCCGUUCGCGAUCACUUGUUCCUCUUGUCUAUUUCCACAGGGGCAUGGUCUCUCUGGGCCUGACUGUCAAGUGGUUCAAGCCUGGAAACACACUGGCGUCCCUGUGGCAGAUGAAACGGCCGCGCGGCUCUUGAACGUUGACUCUCCAAGUCAGCGUGACCUACGGGAUGCAAUUCAGGAGCUUACUGAAGACAUUAGCAAGCUCAAGGAGGACACCACAUACCGCAAAGUUGAGGACGCCAAGUCGCGCGAUGAAUCUGUGACACCAUCGGAUAUGGCCGAGUGGAAGAUAAUAGCCGACAUCAUUGCAUCCCAGAGCAAGCAACUGAGCGUCGCCUCUGAGUUCCUGCGUGACAGUCACCACACACUUGGCACUGUGUUCGCUUCGUCUAGACAUCAGGAGGUCCCAGCCAAGAGAAACCCAAGCGAACUCUCGAUCCGCGAUUGGGCUUUGAUCAGAGAUAGAGAGGGUCGCUGUCCGCAGGUGAACACCCUCAACGUCCAGGGUCUGCUAUACCCCCAACUACACUGUCUUAGGCCCGAUAUGCCUCCCCUCAAUAGAAAGCUACACAAAGUCGGCCGGAGCACUGGCUUUACGAGUGCCAGGUACGCAGGCCUAAGAGUGGCCCACAUCGUGAGGAGGGUCGUUGACGACCAGCUCAGAGCCUUGCCAGCAUGGGUGCAUGCCUUCGCGGCGUCUUGGAGUAGAUACGUGGUGGGUAGAUACGUGGUAGCGGCAGGCGAUUCUGGGUCUCUUGUUUUUGACCACAUCGGUUUCGUGGUUGGAUUGUUGGUUGGGGGUUCUUUCACUGGAGACGUAGGGUAUUUCACCCACAUUUCGGACCUCGUCGAGCAUAUCAAGAUGGUGACUGGGGCUGUUGAUGUUCGGCUUCGUGGAUCGAUAGUGUAGUCUGGUUUCUUCAAGGAUUUUAGCAUGC